AUGUGUUAUGGUUGCCGCAGACUCGGCUUCGCGGAACCCUCGCCCCCGCCUGACCCAGUGCACGACCGGGAGGACGAGGAGCCGCUGCCGCAGCCAAUCGACUUUGACAGGCCGGCGCCUCGAAAGAAGCUCCAACCGAAGCCCAAGACCAUCGUUCACUCAGCGCCUAGCCAUGACGGUAUUCCGGCUUUCGUGGCAUACUCGGUCCCCGCAGACACUCCGGAGGAUGCCGCUCUGACGCCCUUGCGCCCGGCGUACGCCUACGUCUUUUAUGACACUUCUCCUGGCGCGCUUGAUCCGGGACGCACUGAGGACCUGGCCCGCGCCAUAUUUGACGGCACCAAAGAUAGCCGCAGCUCUGACGGGCUGCCAGACAGAGUUGAAGUCUUUGCUAUGCCCCUCCCAGCUCUGCCCGGAACAGGGAGCCCGUAUUCUGCCGAGGACGUGGGGCUUGACCUCGUUCUUUCACAAGAGAGCCCCUGGUAUGCCCGUCUCGCCGCACGCGCGUCGCGGGACCCUCAGGACGCACACUGUCUCCAGCACGCCGCAGCUUGCAUACUUCAUCACGAGAGGGAAGUCCAGAAUCGUCUGGCCAUCGCGGACAGGGCGGAGGCGGUUUCAUGGUACCUCCCAGAAGGAUUAAGUAACGCCUACUAUGCCCGUCGCAUUGUGGUUGUCGAUAGGCUUAAUGAUAAACCCAAGAACCUGCCCGGCCUUAUCCGUUGGCAGGAGGCGCUCGCCUGGACACAAAGUCUUCCAAGCGAAGCAAGAAACCCGGAUAUCAACAUGGUGGAGAGGGCUGAGAGCAGCCCGUACGGAAGAGGGUUGCUGGUCAAAUGGCGGUCUCGCGACCAGCACGAUGAUGAUGAGGAGGACGAAGGAACACCGCCACUCAACUGGGACAAAGUCGCGUUUGAAAUGAUAGGAGAGUCGGCGUUGAGUUCCUGCCGAUAUGGGGUAGAUGUUCUCUACAGGCAUUUCAUCCCCGACGGCGUAUUCGAUUUUGAAAGAGAGAAGGCUCGUGAACGAGGAGUAGUUGAUGGAGUGGACUUGCCGAUGCAAGCUAGAUAG